GGUCAUAACAAAAAAAACUCAUUACAAGCAGGAAGUUGAGACUUCAGCAUGUCUACCCAGAGAAUCGGAGUCCUGUUAGCUCUGUCUUCCUUACAGCAGAUUCUAGGCUCUGUAGCUCUGGGGCAGCCCACCGUGCCACUGUCCCCCCCUCGCAACGUGACACUGCUGUCGAAGGAUUUCGGCAUGGUUUUGACAUGGCUCCCCGGGGAGGGGUCCCCGCCAGAUGUGUUGUAUACCGUGAGAUACCAAAGAUGGGAUCACUUAAAGCACUGGGAAAAGGUCCAACACUGCAGAAAUAUUUCCCAAACCACCUGCAAUCUGACUUGUGUGCCAGACCUGUACAACAAAUUCAGCGCCCGUGUCAAAGCCCAGUCGGCAGGGCGCAGGUCCCCUUGGGUGGAGUCGGGAGUCAUGGAAUAUCAUUUUGAUGUGGAACUGGCUCCCCCGACACUAAAAGUGAGCGUGACGGAAACUACAAUCAACGUGAGUGCCACCUUCCCCCUGGCCUCCUGUGUGAACGAAGCCUUUAUCGGUCUGAAGUAUGACCUGGAUUUCUGGGAAGCCGGAACUGAAGACAAGAAGCAGUACUAUGACAACAUGAAGCAGGACAAGGUAACAAUCAACACUUCUGUGUUCAGCGGCAAUUACUGCCUGAGUGCCAGGGCUUCCUUCCAAGCAAUCCAACUAAAACACAGCAAGUUCUCCAAGCCAGUGUGCGUGCUGUUAAAGACCAAAGCCAUGGACUGGAAGUUCCUCGUCACCAUUGCAGUCCCAUUGCUCGUCAUGCUUUUCCUUUGCGCUGCCGCUGCCUCCGUCCUAUGUCUGGGUAAACAAGCUGCCAAGAGAGAGAAGAGGCCUCAAGCUUUGGAUUUCUCCCAUUUCAGAGCUCCUAGGAAGAUCCUUGAGAAGGAGACCAGCGAAAAGGAGUUCUUUGAGGAAGCCCUCGUCCGCGUGGAGAAGCCAGCUUUGGGAGGGAGAAGGAGUGGUCCUUCAGUGAGGAACAAUGUAUCACUAAAGGCUUCUCUCCUCUCACUCUGGGAGGAAGAGGAGGAGGAUGACAGCAGCAGUUUCAGACCCUACACUGAAAUGCCUCGGUUCCCGAAGAGAGCUCCCAACAGCCAAGCAGCCAGCACGAGUCACCAAGGGUCCCACUUGGGCUCUGAACUGGGUGGCUCCCACCUUGAGGGAGGAUCUUUGUCUAACCUAGCAGGGUUAGAGUUCUCUCAGCUUGUCUGGAGAAGAGGCUCGGCCGAGGAGGACACCUCUGGGUUCCAAGACAGCGAGAAAUCCUUCCUUUCUGAGAGUUCCUCCUUGGGAGACUUCUCUCUCAUUGAAGCCAGAUAUCCAGCUACUAGUGGAAAUGGGCAGCAUGUCUGCCAAGGAGACACCUUCCUUCAGGUGACUGUGUUGAUGGAGGGGCUGAAUGGGAAGCCUCUUGUCAGCGAGGACUCCGAGGGCUUCCCUCUUGAUGGGCCGCUUGUUUGCUUCCAGACUUUAAAGCUCGCAGAGGAUGAGGGCAUUGCAAGCGACAGUGACAGCCUCACCGUGUGCUCAGAAGAAGACCCACCACCCCUGGCCUCAGUAGUAAGCGAGAUUUUUGAAACAGAGACACGGGGGAAAGGUGACAGCUUGCAGCAAGAGAGCUAUCCAAAGUUUAAAUUCCAGGGAUAUCAGCAUGUGCAUUAUAUGCCAAGGAACUGACGGGGUUAGCAGUCCUGUGGUUGGUCUGGAUCUAGGGAGCUCCAUCCAGGAGGAAAACAAUGACAAGUGUUUGUCAGAAACAAGAUUUAUGCUGCUUAUGCAUUACCACCCAUGCAAAAUGCUUUCUGCUACUGUUUGUCCUGCCUAGGGCUAGGUCUUCCUUCACUCACAGAAAGAGGUGGGUUUUUGUCACGGGGUAUCUAAUGCACGUUAGCUAUCCCGCUGGAAAAACAAGGCACUGUAGUUUUACCAUGAGGUAAGCAAAGUGAGGUAGACCCCACGCAGGGCUACCUCAUGGUAACACUACAAGUGUCUUGUCUCCACUUAGAAUUUUACAGUGAGAUAAGGCUCUUGGGCUAGUUAUUGUUAAGGCUGCAUGACCUCUGUCAUGGAGUUCAUGGAAGUCAUGAAGUCAGUGACUUUCCGGGACUUCUGCAAUGGCCAGUGCGGCUGACCCCAGGGCCAUCCAAGCAGCUGGCCCCAGGGGCCUCAGAGCAAUGGCUGGCCAGGUGCAGUCAGCCCCCGCUGUCAAGCAGAGGCCAGUCAUUGGCCCCCAAGGUUCCCCCAGAGCAAUGGUGCCCAGGGGCCCCAGGAGCAGCUAAGGUUUAGUCAGGGGUAUUUAUAGUAAAAGUCAUGGACAUGUCAUGAGCAAUAAACAAAUAUUCAUGACCUGUGACCUGUCCAUGACUUUUACUAUAAAUACCCCUGACUUAAAAAUACCCAUGGCUACAUCUUAGCCUUAAUUAUUGUACUGUAAAAAACACACACCUUUGUGUCAGUGAAGACAAAGCCAAGGGCAGUAUAAAACUGCCAGCAAAAUACUGGCAACAUGGUAUGUUCCAAUUGUGUGUGGAUUUCAACCUAGGCCAGCACACUUCCGUUUCCCCAGCUGUCAUUGUGCAGUUGCUUCCUUUGCUGGAUGGGACUAUCUUGGGUGGACAUUUGCCUCCCACAUAGACAUUUGGACACAUCUGCUUUUCGUGGGGUAAAGGGAGCUUCCGGUCCGCCUGCAGCGCUUGCCCUUCGUGUUUGAACAGAGAGAACAAAAAUCGAGGUGGGCAA